UUUUCCCUAAUAACACUUUAACUAAAACAAAAUUUAGAGAAAAUCAAAAUUACUAAAAGCACAUUCUCUACGCCUAAAAAUUUCUAUAUUUUGCAAGCACGAUGGAUGACUUUGAUUUCAGUACCCCGCCACCAGAGGCGCGAACCAUUCACACGCACACCUUGGAUGAUGAGCAGCUCAAGGAUUGUGAGGCGGCCUUCGCCCUUUUCGACGACGAGAACACAAAGGUAAUUCCUAUCAAGCUACUAAGAGAUUGCCUCAAAGCCUUGGCCCAUACACCGCCGGAAAACGAAAUACAAGAUUAUAUCACCGAAAUCGAUACGGAUGGAUCGGGUGAGCUGUAUCUCAGCGAUUUUCUUUAUAUUAUGUCAAAGCGUUACGAAAACUCCACUGUCGAAGAUGAAGUUAUCCUGGCAUUCAAAGUCUUUGACAAAGACGGAUCUGGUUUUAUACACGAGGAUGAACUCCGUCAUAUUAUGACUGAAAUGGGUGACGAUAUGGAUGAGGAUGAGAUCGAGGAAAUGAUUCGCGAUGCCGACGCCAACACGGAAUUGAAAAUUGACUAUGUUCGCUUUGUGACGAUGAUGAUGGAGACAUAGUUAUAUUAUUAUUAAUUAAACUAUCAAAUGGACUUAAACUUAUCUCAACUGCAGCCCAAAUUUAUUGUUCAUAAAACAUGAUCACCUGGAAUUUCUGCUUGGGAAAUAUUCCUUCGGCUCCUUUGAAAUUCUUGAAGAGAGCUGAUAUUACGGAUAUUAAAAAAUUAUUAACCUUCAUUACUCUCAUUAUUAUAAAUAAAUCAAUAUUGAAAUUUUCAA